UAUAUUACUUUAUCAUUUUUCUCAUGAAUUACACUUAAAAUGGCUGAUUCUUUGCGUCCACCGGAGAAAUCUGAAGUGGCUGAUGACAGGCAGGGUAGAAAUGUCUCACAGACUGUCUCGGAGAGUGAAAAACACUCGGAAACACCACCGUUGUUUUCGUCCUCCUUGGUGUCUGCUUUGCAAACAAGUCCGCAGGUUUCAAAUCGGCUACCAAAACCCGCAAUAUUUGCUACACCAGAACCUGCAAAAACAACAGGAAUUGAAUCUCCUCUGAUAGCGAGAUUGACAAUGACCCCCGCCGGUGCCUCACCUGUAGGAAGUCCUGGCCUGGCAUCUCCCACCAUGACCCCUAUAGGGGUGGCUGGUACCCCAAGCUCCACCAUGAAGCCUCGCCGAAUGCAAUCCAUCGACCCACGAGAGUUGAUUCCACCCAGACGCAGCUCAACCAGAUCGAUCAAGAGAAAGAAGUUCGAUGACGAAGUAGUGGAGAGCAGUUUGCUGAAGACCGAGCGAGGUCGGAUCCGUCCACCGAAUCUACACCCAUUGUUACCGGCCGAGAAGGAGAAAGAGAAGGUCAGCGUCGAGGUCCCGACUCCCAAGCCGGAAGAGAAAGAGAAGAAGGAAGUAGAAAAACGAGAGGAAAAGAAACCCGUAGAGAAGAAAAUAGCGGAGAAAAAGAUUCCUGUGGCUCCUCCGCCAGAAAAGAAGAUUAAAAAAGAGCUUGUAGAGAAGAAAUCAUUUUCCAAGAAAAAGUCCAGUAAAUCCAAACGAUCCAAGAGGCAAAAGUCGACACCUGCAACAUCCACGAAGGAUCUGGGUCGCUGGAAACCUCAAGAUGACCUGGCGUUAAUAACGGCCAUCCAACAGACGAAUGACCUGACAGGCGUCCAUCUUGGUGUGAAGUUCUCGAGUCGAUUCAGUCUGAAAGAAAUCCAGGAACGUUGGUACGCACUACUGUACGACCCAUCAAUCUCAAAGUUGUCGAUACAGACGAUGAAGAUGCUCCACCCGGACGUGUGUGCGUCGAUCCAGGCUAAAGCUCUGUACAGCAAAGAAGAGGAGAACCUGGUCGGGAAAAUACCAUCGAAUACGCAGCCACAGCCUACAGUUGAUGUCUUCCAAGAUCUGUUACAGGAGCACCCGCAGGUCUUCCACCCGGCACGCACAGCCAAAGCUCUGCACAACCAUUGGCUGCUCAUGAAACAGUACCACCUACUUCCGGACCAAUCAGUCCAGCCUAUGCCGAGAGGAGAUCACGUGUUAAACCUGUCGGAUGCGGAAGAUAUGAUGAACGAUGAUGAACUAAAAGACAGUAAAGAUAACACAGUUGAACAAGAACUCGAUAUCGCUGAUCGCCGAAACAAGCGGGAAAUCCGUCAUCUGGAACAGGAAUUACCGAAAUGGCAGGUGCUGGUCGACAGCGUCACGGGUAUCAGUCCACCAGACUUCGACAAUCAGACGUUGGCCGUUCUCAGAGGUCGACUCGUCAGAUAUCUCAUGAGAUCCAGGGAGAUCACUCUUGGUCGUGCGACGAAAGACAACCAGAUAGAUGUGGACCUGUCGCUGGAAGGCCCGGCGUGGAAGAUCUCUCGGCGACAGGGCGUUAUCAAACUCCGUAACAGCGGGGAUUUCUUCAUCGCCAACGAGGGAAAACGACCAAUCUACAUCGACGGCAAGCCCGUCCUCGCCGGGAACAAACAAAAACUCUACAAUAACUCAGUAGUAGAAAUCUCAUGUCUCCGUUUUAUUUUCCUCAUCAACCAAGACAUCAUCAACGUCAUCCGUGCAGAGGCUCAGAAACUUACUGCAGCCACCGCAACGUGACAGCAGCCAGCAUUCAGCAUAUUUUAAACUAUGAACAAGAUUUGGUUAUGACGUCCUCAAUGGCAACGUGACACCAGCAUUCAGCAAAUUUAAAAACAGGACCAGAUUCAGUUGUGAAGUCGUCAAUGGCAACGAGAACGAGAUUAAUGUUUCUGAAAGCCUCAGUGAAAAGAUGGCUAUGUUUACACUGAAGACGGACACAGUAGCAAAUACAGAAAUAUGCAGGGCUUCUAGAUUAUGGUAGCCCCACUCCCAUAGCUAGUGAUAUUCAAGGUUGGGCCAGUAAAUAACUACUAUUGCCAUGCCCGACAGGGCUUCUA